GCUCUCCCCAACAAACUAGCAGCUGCAUCCCUCCGUCCCCCGAUCUCAAAGAAAAACCAGACUGUGUCGGCAUGGAGCAGAGACCGAUUGGACGCCAGGAGCCCAAUGUGGAGAGAGAAGACGCCGGCGCUGUGCCCUCCGACGAGGACGAGUCCGACUGCGAGUUCGAGUUCCCCUUCGUGAGCCGGGAGCCGGCGGCGGACGAGCUCUUCGUGAGCGGCCGCAUCCGGGCGUUCUACCCGGUGUUCGGCCGGGUCCUCGACGACGCCGCGCCGGGGCCGAGGGCGCCGCUGGGGCGGCUGUUCCAGCUGGAGGAGGCCUGGACCUCGUCCUUCGCGAGCACGUCCUCGUCCUCGUCGGCGUCGACAGAAGCUGCCGCGGGUGAUCUCGACGGCACGUCCCCCGGCAGCUACUGCCUCUGGACGCCCGGGUUGUCGCUGGCAUCCUCCCCCUCGCGGCCGCCCCGGAAGAGCAGGUCCACGGAGUCCAUCGCGCGGUGGCGCCGCAUCGGGGAGCUCGUCGUCGGGCGCAGCCACAGCGACGGGAAGGGGGGGUUCCUCUUCCUCUCCGCGCCGUCGUCCCCGGCCAGAGAGCACGCCUCCAGCUCCAAGGCGAACCAGCCAGCAAGAGGAAACAAGGCCGCCGCCACCGAGGUCGACACGGUGGCCGCGGGACGCCGGAUGUCCUACGGCGCCAAGGCCUCACCAGGCGCGCGGCGCACGUUCUUGCCGUACCGGCAGGACCUCGUGGGGCUCUUCGGCAACGUGCACGGGCAUAGCCGCAGCCACCACCACCCGUUCUGAGUCGCACCGACACCGCCCUGGAGGACCCGUUCCAAACGUGAGAUUCAAGCUUGAGCUCCGGAUUUCAAAUUUCAAAUCAUUUGACUUGGAGAUCCCUGAAGACCUGGUCUCGGAUUAGUACUCCACUCCACUAUCAGCAGUGGUAUAGUUAAAUUGGUGAAUGGGAUUAAGCAAGUCAAAAAGGGGAAGAUGUGAAGUCAGACACAGCAGGGGAAAUGUGGGCUCAUUUUUCGGAUUUGGCGCGGAAUUCAAGUUUGCAUGUGGUUGUUUGUGUUUGUACAUACGUGUAUAAUGUAUAUUGGAGAAGUAGAUGGGUCUGUUUGCGAGGAAUUCACUUUCCAUUGUUUCUAAUUUA